AUGGCCUCUGCUCGCCGCUGGCUCUGCCUGAUACUCGCCGCCGCGGCGGCGGCGGCGGCGUCGGGUGCUCCAGCUCCGGAGGACGACCCGGGCAUGCCGAUGGCGGCGCGGCACCGGUGCUGGAUGGCGAGGGUGGGGCGCACGUACGCGGACGCCGCGGAGAAGGCGCGCCGCUUCGAGGUGUUCCGCGCCAACGCGGAGCGGAUCGACGCCGCCAACCGCGCCGGUGACCUCACCUACACCCUGGGGCUCACCCCGUUCGCCGACCUCACCGCCGACGAGUUCCGCGCCAGGCACCUCAUGCCCGACGCUGACGUCGACGAGCCGGCGACCGCGAGGGUGUUGUUCGAGCAGGAGGAGAAGGCGGCGAAGCAGCAUCUCCCUCCCUCACGCCCGCCUGCGGUGUGGGGCAGCAAGGACUGGCGUGACCUCGGCGCCGUCACCCCUGUCCAGGAUCAAGGCAAGAAUAAUUGCAAAUCACAUAAAUCUUGCAUCUUCAUCAUGUCGUUCAUGGCGGCCGGGGUGAUAUGA